AUGCAGGGCACUGCACUCGUCGUGGUGUGUCUCUCUACUUCGUUCACGAUUGCGGUUACCGAAUCUUCUAUCAAUUAUUGUGGCUCCAGAAUGUGUGGUAACACUAAUGCUCACACAUUUUGUCAGUAUCCUGAAGGGCCAAGUCCUCAAUGCGUUGGUUACAUAAGUGCUAAUCUGACAGACGAAGAGAAGGCACGAGUUAUCGCACGGUUGAAUCGACGACGGAAUGAGGCAGCUGCUGGACGGCUGCGAGGUUUAGCCAGUGCUGGAAACAUGCUAAAGUUGCGUUGGGUGGAAGAGUUAGCCCGUGAAGCCCAACGCUGGGCGGAUCAGUGUCGACCACCUGUAGUUCCUGAGGAACGCGACUUAUGUCGCGACCUGUAUUCAGUGCCAGUGGGUCAGUGUGUAGCGUCAGUGAUAGGCGAGGCGCCUGGACUCCGUGUGGAGUCAAUGAUCGACAUAUGGUACAUGCAGAAUAUAUUAUAUAAAGGCAAUGCUACCAAUUAUAUUCCCCCAAAUCUCGAUAGCAGCUUCUAUGGUGACUUUGGUCAAAUGAUGUGGGCGCAGAGUUACAUGGUUGGCUGUGGUCGAAGUCGAUUUAUGACGGAGUGGCGAGGGCGUCUCCGUAGUGUAGAACGGUUGGUGUGCAACGUAGCGCCGCGAGGACCGCCACCUGGACGUUCAUUGUGGUCACCUUCCGCACCGGCCACCCUUUGUCCACCGCGGUCUUCGCGUGACGCAUCACUUGAGGCCCUUUGUGAUAUACAAAUAGAAUCAAAUGAAAUACAAGAAGUAGAUGCAUCUAUGACUCUAGAAGAACAUUUUCUCCUACAUACUGUUCUGGAUAUAGAACGCAAUGCUUCCUUGAGGUAUCCAGGAAGUCUAGACGAGCUUUACUUGACCAGACUAGCAAUAGCAACAAUGGACAAUAUUGCAUCAACAGAAGAAUAUUACAAUUCUGUGCAAAAAAGAGAUGUAAUAGAAGAUACUAGUACUUCCAGCAAUGUGUCAGGAUCCCUCGCAGUAAUUCCAUUAGACAUGAAUACUUCUCCUUCAACUGUCCCAAUCCCUAUUACAAGUGCGAAGAAAAAAAUAAGUUUGAUUGGAAGACCAAAGCCUUAUAACAUGGAAGAACUGACGGACAUGGAUUUAAUGACUGAAAAUUAUACACCCAAUGAGGACACGACUAAGAGCGAAAAGGAUUUUUAUGCUGAAUAUGAGUUUGUAGAAACGAUGGAAGAAAAUUCAACAGUCGUAAAUAGAGAAGAAAAUGUAACUUUCGCAAAUGCUGUUGAAAGUACAAGUAAAAUACAUGAUCCUGAUAGUUAUACAGAUCAAAUCAUCACAGAAGCUGCCCGUGUGAGUCUUAUUGAGGCGCAUGUUAAGUCCAGUGUGAUUUAUGAAGGAUUAACGGAAAGAAACAGCUUAACCACAGAUAAUCUGAGUUUCAACAAUAAUCCGGAGACCAAGGUCAAUGACACACAAAUUCCAGGAUUGGUGACGAAUGAAUCAUUGGGACCAGACAACGCUUUAAAUUAUCUUUCCGACCAGGAAACCGUUUUGGAACUUCAGGAGGCUUUAGAGGUUAUAGAGCGUGACAUGUCAACGGAGCGCAUCGUGGAAGCGCCAGGGAAGGUUCGGCGAGAGCUCAGAGAAGAACAACAGAGAGCACCACUCGCAGGGGAUAAAACGCCUGAAGAAUUACCUAAAAACAAAAACCUUGAUAAAGCUUCUAUGUAUAAUAUGGUGUUGCAAUACAUGCCUUAUUUGAGAGAUUAUCAGAGCGGCUUGCUUUCAAAGGCGGCUGGUCGAGCCACUCGUCCCUGCCUGUCUUCUGUAUUAGUUGUAUUGUUUUGUUUGUAUUUUUAG